CGCAAUCCAAACUUCAGGUUGCUAUUGGAGACAGAGACGCUCCGGACCGCGGUUCUGAUCGAGCAGAAGGCUUUAUAUCAGAUAUAUCUGCCUUAUAAUGUGGAAUCGCCAUCCUUAGGCUAUCGGACAGAUCUUGAACGAUGAGUCAGCGGCAGGUUUUACAAGUUUUUGAACAAUACCAGAAAGCUAGGACCCAGUUCGUCCAAACAAUUGCGGAACUUGCAACAAGACCUCAAAACAUAGAAACGCUACAAAAUGCAGGUGUACUGUCCCUGCUGAGGCCUCUUCUGCUGGAUGUGGUCCCAACUAUUCAGCAGACAGCAGCUUUGGCUCUGGGAAGGCUUGCCAACCACAACGAUGACCUGGCCGAGGCGGUUGUAAAGGGAGACGUCCUUCCGCAGCUUGUGUACUCCUUGGCGGAGCAAAACCGGUUUUACAAAAAGGCAGCGGCUUUCGUGCUGCGGGCGGUGGCCAGGCACUCUCCCAGGCAGGCGCAGGCCGUGGUGGACUGCGGGGCGCUGGAUGCCCUGGUCGCCUGCCUAGAGGAGUUUGACCCUGGGGUGAAGGAGGCGGCAGCCUGGGCACUAGGCAACAUUGCCCGCCACAACGGAGAGCUCUCCCAGGCGGUGGUGGAUGCGGGGGCCGUCCCGCUGCUGGUGCUGUGCAUCCAGGAGCCUGAACUGGCCCUGAAGAGGAUCGCCGCCUCCACCCUCAGCGACAUCUCCAAGCACUCCCCGGAGCUGGCCCAGACCGCGGUGGACGCUGGAGCUAUUGCUCACUUGGCGCAGAUGAUCCUGAACCCUGAUACUAAGCUGAAGCGCCAGGUCUUCUCAGCCCUUGGGCAGAUCUCCAAGCACUCGGUGGAUCUGGCUGAGAUGGUGGUAGAAGCUGAGGUCUUCCCGGCUGCGCUGGCCUGCCUCAAAGACCCGGACGAAUACGUGAGGAAGAACGUCACCACGCUGAUACGUGAAGUCGCCAAGCAUACACCCGAGCUGUCCCAGCUGAUCGUGAACGCUGGGGGCGUGGCCGCGGUCAUCGACACCAUUGGCGACUCACAGGGCAACGUGAGGUUGCCGGGGAUCAUGAUGCUGGGCUAUGUCGCAGCGCACUCCGAGAGCCUGGCUAUGGCCGUCAUCGUCUCUAAGGGCGUACAUCAGCUGACUAUCUGUCUGGUGGAGGAAACAGAGGACCACAUUAAGGCUGCGACAGCCUGGGCCCUGGGCCAGAUUGGGAGGCACUCCCCAGAACACGCCCGAGCCGUAGCGGCGGCCAAUGUUCUACCCCGACUCCUGAGGCUCUACGUGGACACAGAGAGCUCCGAGGACCUUCGGGUGAAGGCUAAGAAGGCUUUGAAGAGCAUCCUGCAGAAGUGCACCUAUCUGCCAGCUCUGGAGCCCCUGCUCCACGAGGCUCCCAGCGACAUCCUCAAGCACGUCGUCGGCCAGUUCAGUAAGGUGCUGCCCCAUGACAGCAAGGCGCGGCGUCUGUUUGUCACCAGCGGGGGGCUGAAGAAGGUUCAGGAGAUCAAGGCGGAGCCUGGCUCUCUCCUGCAGGAGAACAUAAACUCCAUCAACAGCUGUUACCCCGAGGAGAUCGUCAGGUACUACUCCCCAGGCUACUCUGAGAUUCUCCUAGAAAGGGUGGAGGCAUACCAGCCAACCUGACACCCCGCGGUUACCUCCAGCAUUUUAUCACUCAACAAAAUUACAGGAAUAUUACAGUAAUUACAGCUAUUGCACAGAUGAAUGUCUGCAGUGUAGGCGAUGAAAAUGUCAUUCAUUGUCAAUCUGAGAAACAUCUGUAUUUUAUUAUACAUAGUCCCAAUUACAGAUAUUGUUCUGUUGGAUAAAUUCUUUGCUUUUACGUAGAUGUCGGUCAUUUGUCAGCAGGGGUAUAAAUGAACAAACUACAAAUACUCUCAUUACUCUAAAUGAGUUGUUUUUUUUCAUAUUUUGUACUUUAUGAAGUAGUUAAAAACUGGUGUACUCUUACUUGUACUGUCAUAUAAAGUGCUGUAACGCUAAGUUUACUCCGCUACUUAUCCCCCAAGUGUGUCCGCUAAGGAUGCGCAUAAAUUGAUGCUGAAAUAUUGAUUCUAUCCUGUACUG